UCAUUCAAUAUUUUACUUUUAGCUACAUCAAUGAAAAAAACCCGUGUUGCUUAUUUUCUACCUGAUAGCGAUACUCCAUUUGUUAUCCAAGUUGCAGUACCGCUUGAAUCCAUCACACUUAAAGAUAUUCUUCCUCGAUUACAUAUAUCAUCAACAAAUCAACGUAAUGGUUUGAGUACAAAUACUUCACUCGAUUACUUUGUUAAACAUCGUGCUUCAAAUGAAAAUUGGCUUGGUGGUGAUACACAAUUUAUUAAUGAGAAAAUUGAUGAUUAUGAUGUUCCGCUACCAAAUAUUGAUGGAACGGUGGUGAUUAGAAUUCUUAAUAAUAGUUAG